UAAUUUACUGUUAGUACAUUGUAGUUGUAAAUGUGUGAGCGUAUUGUACUCUGUGAAGAGUGCUAUAAAACCAAAUUGAACAGAUGGACCAUUGCAGGUUUGUCUACUCUGCUAAAGAUGUUUUCUUUGACCUGGAGGAAUCCACUUCUACAGUUAUGGGUUUCUACAAACUCUAUUAAUAUGACAAACAAGGACUGCAAAAUACAAGGAAAGAAAGUUCCUAGGAAAAUAACAAAAGGACCCACUGCUGUUACAACCUCCAUUACAUCAAUGCCUGUGGAGGCCGCUGAGGAGUAUUUCAGAAACAUGGAGGAGCUAGUGGGCAGAUCAGGGAAUGAAGUGGAAUUCAAGAAGCCUCCUGAAGAGAAUGAUAGCGAGUUUUUGAAAUAUCUUGAUAGACUGUGUGGUGACAAAGAGUUUGUCAUGCAAGUGGAAGCUGUCAUUAACCCGCAGUUUGUCGAUGAGCUUUUGUCCUUAGAUGACAACUGUGACUUAAGUUAUCUGCUGCAAGAAUGGGAGCGGAAAGUGGGACUGUCUCCAUAUGAGCGUCCUAUGAUGCCACUCCCCGGCCCUUGGAUUGCCAGCAAUGGACCCAUUGCCAGACCUCUGGAGGAUCCGCUCAGACCGCCACCCGUUACCUAUGCUGCGACACACUGCAGGGUCCUCAUCGUGAAGCUGAGCAGCAACAUGGCCUCAGACCACUGAGAUCUGGAUGCUUCAGAAAGUGUGACUACAUGAACAUACUGGGCUCCUGGACAUGUGCGGUUUUUCUUUCUCAUAUACAAUGCUGAUGAUUAAUGUGUGAUUGCAUCUGGAUAUACAAACUUUUUUUUUUUGCUGAACCUUCCCCAAAAGUGUGACAGUAGUUAAAAAAAAAAAUAAAAUAUGAG